UAGAGAAGGAAAGGGAUAGUCAGUGCAUGAAAAGAAUACAUCGCAUCGCAUCUUCGUGACAUCAUUUGUGUAGAUCAGUUUACUUUAAUGUCCACAACCCUCAGUUAUUGAGGAAUAAUUAGCUUAUGAGGGCGAACACCCUUUUGACAUCAUGACAGAUUCGAGUAUAAAUCUAAUAGCUCAGACAGGCUACAACACUGAAACCACAGCAACUCGUAUAGAAGGUAGUUCUCCAGGACAGGAUGCUCCUAAUAGACCAAAGUUAUCAGCCCGUACAACUACGGGGUUUAUACAAGAGCAUGAGCGACUCCGCAGAAACAGCUUAUCUAAUUCAGAAAGUCAUAGCAGCGACGAUGGGAUCGAAUGGGACACUUCGGCAUACUAUUCGUCCGAACACGAUUCUGAACAGGACAGUGGUGGGUAUGAUGGCUAUAGUACUGACGCAGGGGAUGAUGAUCGAGAGAGCACAUAUGAGGAUCAAGACACUCGACAUCUUUUGGCUACUUCAAAAAACGCUUGCCUAGGAGGGAUGGGUAUGGGGAUGCGUGUGGGCGAGACCGGUACAGGAACCACGAUUGGUCUCGAUCUUGAGUGUGAUUAUCGACAACAUUAUCGUUCGGUCAAGGACCAGUAGAAGUGAGUCUGAAAGACAACAAGCAGGGAAAAGACUAAGGAAGAAAAGCCACCGGAAUCGAAGUCGCGGGUUAAUGCAUACCGCGGUACCAGUGAUGAUGCUAACA